GCUGACACUGACUGAACACUUCCCACGGGGUGGCAGCUAGUGCUAGAAAAGUAGCUGGUGCAGAGGAGAAGAAAAAUGGAUCUAGUUGUUGCUGCUCUAUUAACCAUAAUCCUGGGUGCUGUUCUCAAGCUAGUUUUGUUUCGUUCCAGAAAUAGCCUUGAACCACCAUGCCUCUCCGGCUGGAUCCCUUGGGUAGGAGCUGCCUUACAGUUUGGCAGAGCUCCCUUGACGUUUAUAGAGCAAGCCACACUCAAGUAUGGUCCAGUAUUCACAGUCUAUUUGUUGGGGAAACGAUAUACAUUUGUUACAGAAGAAGAAGGAUUUCAAGUCUUUUGUACAUCUAAAGAUGCAGAUUUUGAGCAGGCAGUACAAAAGUCUGUGCAACAUGCAGUUUCUGUUCCUGAAGAAAUCUUCUACAAGAAUAGGAAAAACCUUUAUAUCAUGAUGAAGGGGAAAAUGUCUGCCUCUAAUGUGCAUGAAUUAUCUGGCAAUCUUUGUCAUGAGUUCCAAAAAUGUAUGGCGGAUUUAGGUUCUGAGGGUACAGAGGAGCUCAGAGAUCUUGUAAGGCAUAUAAUGUUUCCACCGGUAGUGAGCAUCUUGUUUGGAAAAGACAUGUUUUUGACAGCCAAGGAAAAUAUCAGAGAAUUUGAAGAACACUUUCAGAACUACGACAAUGACUUUGAAUAUGCGACCCAGCUUCCUGAAUAUUUUAUGAAGAAGUGGUCUAAAUCCAAAAAGUGGCUCCUCAAAAGUUUUGAAAAGGUUGUGUUAUAUGCAGAUAAAACUAAUCCUCCAGAUGAUUCUUAUAAGACAACAUACCAGCGACUCCUGGAUACCUUGCAAGGAAAAAACUUCGGUGCUAAUUAUGGUCUUUUACUCCUCUGGGCAUCUCAAGCAAAUGCAGUUCCUAUUGCAUUCUGGACGCUUGCAUUUAUUCUGUCUUGUCCUUCUUUCUACAAAAGUGUCAUGAAGGAGCUAGAAUCUAUUUAUGGCAGAGCAGCAAAAGAAGUUGUCAGCGUAUCUGAAGAUGAUCUUAAGAACCUCCCAUUUAUCAAGUGGUGUAUUCUGGAGACAAUACGGUUAAGAGCACCAGGUGCCAUUGUCAAAAAAGUAACAAAUCCAAUUAAUGUUCAGAAUUUUGUUAUACCUGCUGGUGACCUACUGGUGAUGUCUCCAUAUUGGUUUCAUAGAAACCCACAGUAUUUUCCUGAACCCAACACAUUUAAACCAGAUCGUUGGAAGGAAGCAAAUUUAGAGAAAAAUCAUUUCUUGGAAGGCUUUGUAGCAUUUGGAGGAGGAACACACCAGUGUCCUGGGAGAUGGUUUGCUAUCAUGGAAAUUCAUAUCCUAGUUGUGUUGUUCCUUUGCAAAUAUGAAUGUAGUCUUUUGGAUCCCCUACCGAAAGAGAGCCCCCUCCACUUGGUGGGCACACAACAACCCGAGGGACCAUGCAGAAUUCAUUAUAAAUUGAGAACAUGAUGCCCAGUUCAAGUGCCUUACUAAUGCUACAAAACUGAAGUCAUUGAUCUGCUGUACUACAUGUUUUGUUUGUAAACAGUUCCCAGAUUUGAAAAUAGAACUUUGAAUAUAUUGUACAACUAAUUCCUUUUUAGAUAAUGCUAGUAUUUUCUGAUUUUCAACUGGCUUACCCUCAUUUGGCAUUGGCAUAUACUGUGUUUUGCUAUAGAUAGAUCCAAUCAGUGAACUUAUAUCCAACUACUGCAGUAAAAAAAACUUACUUAGUUGUGAAACAAUAACAGUAACGAAAAAGGAAGCUAAAGAAUGGCAGACAGAGCAGUGGAGGUAAAAAAAGAGGUGUAUGUGCAACAGGAAACCCUGUAGACCAGCGCCUCUUAAACUUUUUCCACUUCUGAUCCCUUUCUACCUGAGAAAUGUUUACAUGACCUCAGUUCUAUAGGUAUAUACAAUUGAACAUUUACUGAUCAUAAAACAGAACAUUUGCAAGGCUUAUGAAACGAGCUGCUUUUCCUUUUAUGAAAUACAGCUGAAGCAUUUUCUGCAGUCUACUGUAAGCGCUACACAUCUUUGCAAACAGAUUCAUGUAAAUGUCUAGGUGGUGUUCAGAAACUUUUCACUGUUGCCAAAUUUUCCUCUUAAGGAACCUCAUUUGGGAUUGGGACCCAUAGUUUAAGAAGCAGUGCUCUAGGCAACAGGAAACUAAGCUGACAACAAACAAUGAGAAGAGAUUUAUAAAAAAAACCACCAAACAAAAAUCAGGCCUGAUCAGUUUGUUAUAGAUGUAUAGAGAACACAGUUAUAAUUACACUUAAAACAAGAGAUCACAAUGUAAAUGCCCUCUUGGGACAUAACAUACCCUGACAAGUGACUGCUUGUUUUCAUGCAUCUGCAGUUUGUAGAUCCAGCUCUUUUUCAGCAAUGAGGUAUGUAGGUCACUUGUCUCCAAAGCCAGUUUAUUAAGAACUAGUAAGUUCUUUGAACCAAGAAAUACAAGCGUACAUGAAAGGGCUCUGAGCUACAAUAAAGACUAACAUACUGUAGAUCUAAGAGAAAAUGAUAUUGUCUAUUUGAAGCCACCACCUCCAAGCCAUGGCGUGGUAGUGUUUGUGGUGUGCAGUCUUAGUUCAGGGACAAACAUCUCAUGAAACCAAUACACUUUAUUGUAGAAUAAAGAAAAAGCAUGAUACCAUGUCUGUUGCCUUGAUCAAGGGGAAACUGUUUUGAGCACUGUGGUAAUGCCUACAAUACACGCAGUGUAUGUUCAAUAAAAUCAAUAAAUAAAAUUAUGCUUUUGAGUUUUUGAA